AUGGACGUGUGUGAGGAGGAUGCCGGGGUUCCCGUUCCCCGCAAAGCGCUGGGGAAGAGCAAGCGGGGUUCCGCUGCGGGUGCUGGCCUGGCCAAGAAACACAGAGCGGGGUCCGCAGGAGGCUCGGUCGUACCGCCGCCCGACCCCGUGCAGCUUCCUGCUCCCGUGCUGCGGCCCGAUCCCGUGCUGGCGGCGCUGAUCGAUCUGCGGAGCACGCUCACUGGCAUGGAUGCCCGUCUCCAGCACCUCGAGGGAGCCGGGGCCUUGGGUGCGGCUCCCGUAGCCGCGGCUGCGGGCGUGCUUACUGCGCAGGAGAUCCAGCCCUCGUACAUCUUGGCCAGCGCGGUGCCGGCCGCUGCCUCUGGGGCCUCCUUUCUGCCGCCGUUCCGGCGAGUCUCCGCGAGCAGAUCCUGUCAGUCAGUGCUCGGACGCCCAUCCGAGGUCGACCUGCCCGCGUCGGUUCCGAUCGGCGGGGAGCCCGACGUGGUCGAUGCGUUACUUACUAAAGAGAUCGGCAAGGGGUAUUUGUUGGGGCCGUUCGUGGAGUCGCCGUUUCCCAUGUUUCGCGUCAGUCCCAUUGGCGUGGCUACUUGCAAAUAUUCUGGAAAAAAACACCUGAUCGUUGACCUGUCGGCUCCGCACAAUACUCGGGUCCCUAGCAUUAACAGCCUGAUUCCGUCGGAGCCGUUUUCUCUGUACUACGCUAACAUCGAUCACGCGAUUCGGUUAAUCAAACAGGCAGGCGUGGGCGCCUGGCUCGGGAAGGCCGAUAUCACCAACGCGUUCAAGGUGAUGCCCCUUCACCCGUCGCAGUGGCACCUGUUCGGCAUUAAAUGGCGGUCGCAGAUGUACUUUUACGCUCGCCUGGCUUUUGGCUGCCGCAGCAGCCCGCGCAUUUUUGACGCUCUGUCCGAGGCGCUGUGUUGGGUUUUGCUGAACGUGCACAGGUUGCCGUUUGUCCUGCACCUGCUGGACAACUUCUUGGUGGUCGAUUUUCCCUCCUCGCCACCUGCUCGGUGCAUCUCGGUGGUGAAGGCAACAUUCGAGCAUUUGGGCGUGCCGCUCUCGGAGGAGAAGACGCAGGGGCCUCUCACGUCCAUCGAGUUUUUGGGCGUCCAGCUGGACAGCCUGUUAAUGCGUGCGUCUCUCCCGGCGGAGAAGCUUGAGCGGGUGCGCGCUGUUCUGGCGGCAGCGGCUGCGUCGGUUUCGAUGACUAAGCGGGAUCUUUUGUCGUUGCUCGGGCACCUGAAUUUUGCUAUGCGCAUUAUUCCCCACGGUCGGUCGUUUGUCUCCCGGCUGCUCGUCGUGGCUAAGUCUGUUCCGGCGCUGCACGACGUUGUGCGUUUGGAUGAGGGUUGCCAGUCCGAUUUGCGUUUUUGGGCCGUGCUUUGCGAGCAUUGGAACGGUUUGUCGUUUUUUUACAACGACGAGGUGGAGACCUCCAGCGCCAUGGCGUUCUACACCGAUGCGGCGUUGUCCAUUGGGUUUGGUUUUUUUUUCGCGAACGAGUGGUUCAGCGAGUCGUGGCCCGUUGAACUGGAGUUUCUGGCGCGCGAUUGCAAAUCCACAGCAUUGUACGAACUGUAUCCUAUUGUUGUAGCGUGUCUUUUGUGGGGUAAACACUGGUGUAGGAAGAGGAUUGUGGUGUUCUGUGAUAACGAGGGCACGGUGAACAUUAUCAACAAGGGUAGAUCUUCCGUGGCAUUGAUUAACAAAUUAGUGAGGCGUCUGACCUGGACAUGCAUCACAGGCAACUUCGUGUUGCGGGCCGCAUACAUUCCUGGGUUACUCAACAAUGUGGCUGAUGCUCUGUCACGUUUUCAAUUUCAGGAGUUCCGGGCACUAUGUCCGGAGGCAGAGCCGGGCGGCCUGGUGUGCCCAGCGUUUCAGGAGACACUGUUAGAUUAG